CUCAUUCGAAACGUGUCUCAGCUCCACCUGGCCGUCGCGUCGGCGGCCGUCUCACUCUCGACCGUUAAUUCAUCUCGGCUAGCUUUGAUCCAGUGGAGAAACAAAAACAACAAAAUAGAUUGAAUGACUCAAUCAAUCUCAUCAGCUUACUGCCUAUACUGGUCUAGAUUUAGGGAACAACUCAUGUGGCAUAACUAUAGGACAAGGGGACGAGAUAGCCAUGGCGCAAUCUGAAGAAGCUUAUGAUGAGAAGUGGAUGAAAGAAGCAGUGAACAUGGCUAAGCAAGCUCUAGGUCGGGGUGAGGUUCCUGUUGGGUGUCUCUUAGUCUAUGAAGAUCAGAUCAUUGGAACCGGAGGAAAUGCUGCCAACGAGACCAAGAAUGCCACAAGGCAUGCAGAAAUCUUGGCCCUAGAAGAGGCAAUGAGGUGGUGUGAUGACAAACAGUUGGAGAGAGGAGAGCUCUUCUCACAGACCAAACUCUUUGUGACUGUAGAACCCUGCAUCAUGUGUGCCGGGGCUCUACGCAUCAUGGGUAUCAAGAAGGUUGUGUAUGGGUGCAGGAAUGAACGGUUUGGAGGCUGUGGAUCCAUCUUAUCGGUCAAUUCGGAUGAGCUACCAUCUAUAGGAGAACCUUUUGAGUGCAAAGCUGGGCUGUAUGCUGACACUGCUGUUCAACUUCUUCAAGAGUUUUACAAAGGACAAAAUCCUAAUGCUCCGAAUCCAAAGAUCAAGGCAUCUGGUAUGAAAGAUGAAGGGCCACAACUGCAGUGCCCUGGUGACACUGACACCAAGGACCAAGUUGAAACUGCAACACCAGUCAAGUGAAGUGUAUAAUGCUC